GUACAAGGGUAGUUUUAGUAGCAUGCUACUAAAACGACCCUGUACCAAACACCAUAAUUAUUGGCUAUUCUAGCAAUGUCCUUCCAACAUCCCUCCCAAGGGACCUCUACUGGUGGAGAUGUACAGAACAGACGCAGCAUCUUGCAGGGGUUGCAACAGACGAAAAACAGACUACAACGACUGCAUUCUGAUGAGCCAAGUGCUAGUGCUAGGUUGUCCCCUGGUCAUCACAUGACUGCCCAUAGGCCAGUGGGUAGAUCACCCGUACACAAGGCCACACCCUCCCCUGUCCCCAUCACCCCUAGUGAGAUGUCAGUACUCCACCAACAACAGAAGGCAGCCAUGCAGCAAGCACUCUCACAAUCGUUUGGCUAUUUCGUCCCCCAACCAAGCUUCAACAGGAACCCUAUUCUACCUGUACUGCCCAGAUUCAAUGCAAAUGGCGAACUAGUAAAUUAAUAGUUGAACACUUUUUUUAAAUCAAUUUCCUUUUUUGUCACUAUUUAUGUUUGUGUAAGUACUAAUUUAUGGCACUAAUGUGCAGGAUGUUAUUUGUUUGACCACAAUCGUUAACAC